AUGUUGACUCACCGCCCUGCCACAAUACAACAGUUGCACUGCAGAGCCCAUCUGUGAUCUCUCAGGAUGGACGCCUACACUGAUUAUCGACCUUAUGAUUACUACGAAUACUUUGAAAACUCUACUGACUACGGGUUAUUUGAUCAAAAUGCAACAAGGGAUUGCCCUGGCUCACACCUGCAUGGCUCCAACAUAUUCAUGCCCGUACUGUACUACCUCAUAUUUUUCACAGGCUUUCUGGGCAACCUCUUUGUGAUCUUGGUCGUGGGCAGCAAAGGUAAAAUGGGUGGGCGUCUGGUGGACACAUUUGUUGUCAACCUGGCCCUAGCCGACCUCAUCUUCGUCCUCACGCUGCCUCUGUGGGCCAUCUCCGCCAGCCAGAGCGGCUACUGGGACUUUGGGCCAGCUGGGGACCUGCUGUGUAAACUGAGCAGCUAUAUUAUAGCUGUGAACCGCUUCUCCAACAUCUUCUUUCUCACCUGCAUGAGCGUCGACCGCUACCUGGCCGUGGUGAAGCUGAUGGACUCGAGGUACCUCAGGAGCAGCAGGUGCAUCCGUGUCAUCUGUGCCGCAGUGUGGUUGGGCUCCCUGGUGCUCGGCGUCCCGUCCCUGGUGUACCGCAAAGUGGAGCCGUUCGGUGACGGACUCUCCUGCGUGGAGGACAACAACUCUGUCUUUUUUCUUUGCCUGAGCCUCACCAUGGCGUUACUCACCUUUGUCCUCCCAGUGCUGAUCAUCGUGCUCUGCUAUGGCACCAUCGUCGUGCAUCUCAACCACCACUGUGCAGCAAAUCCUCGGGCUGACGCCCGCCGCAGGCACUCCCUCAAGAUGGUCCUCUGCAUCAUAAUGGCCUUCGUGGUGUCCUGGCUCCCCUUUAACGUCUUCAAGGUUGUCAUAAUUGGCUCGCAGCUCUCAAACGUUGAUCUGAGUUGCGAUGCUCAGUCGUGGCAAAUUAACGGGCUCAUCGUCUCGUGCUGUCUGGCCUUCAUCAACAGCUGUGUGAAUCCAGUCAUUUACUUCUUCCUAGACCAUCACUUCAGACGACGGGCCGAGAUCUUGUUCAAGACCUUCCUAGGGAGGCCAAAGUUACUGCAGAGCCACAACUCUUCAGCCUCAUUCACCAAUGUUGGCACUUCAGAAAGCUAUGGAACAACAGCUGGAAGAACUCAGCUGCAGAUGUUUGAGUAGGAGGAGAAAACUAGGAAAGUUAUUGUUCCAUUGGGUUAUUAUGUGAAAACUUGUCAUAUACUCAUCUUGAUAAUGGGAGACUUUGUGCAUAUCUCUCUCAAGGGAUGGUAAAUAUAAAGCCAUAGGCUGCAUGGUAAGGAUGGAUUGUUUUUAGUUAGUACAAUAAUGUGAUUUUCUUUGUCAUGUAUUUUUCUUUAUUCAAAUGUUCUACAUACAUUGAAGAUGCUUUUUAUAUGGCGUAUAGUGUAUAAUAUAGUACAGUAGUGUCGAUAUAUGAGUAUCCACUGAUAUCUUUUGCUUGUUUGUAUGAAAACCCUGAACAUUUUUGUUGCAUUAGUUGAGUGCA